AAUUUUGAUUCAUGGUUUCUAGGAAUAGAAUGUGGCGGAAACCUCACGCUUCCCAAUGGACAUAUCUCUGGACCAAAUUAUUUUGGGAGCAAUACCAUGGUAGAGUGUAUCUGGAAAAUUGAAGUGAGUCCCUUGAAUUACAUAGUUCUUCGGAUUUCUUACAUUAGUCUUGACUGCAGCAAAGAAUAUAUUCAGAUUUUUGAUGGAAGCCUGGAUUCCCCUUUUGUGCUUGGAAGAAUGUGCUCUGACAUCUAUAUUGGCUAUAAUUAUACAUCAAGUUCUAACACAAUGACAGUUCUCCUGCACAGAGAAUCAAAUUACAUAGGACACGGUUUUGAUGCUUUUUAUUCUUCUGUACAAGAACCAACUACUAAUGCCCCACCUCAUACUGAAACAACUGAAGUUCUUCCUCCAUAUUCACCAUCAGGCCCUUCAAAAUCACUCUCAUGUUCUGGAGAGUACAUGGUUGCACGCAUCAGCAGAGCCUAUGUCCGGUCGUUAGGUUAUAAGGAAUGGGAUCUGUAUCUGAAUUCUUCAGAUCCAGAAUGUGCACCUCAGUUUUCAGAAGACUAUGUUAUCUUCAAUAUACCAUUCAGUGGCUGUGGCACAGUAAGACAGGAAAAGAAAAAUAACAUAAUAAUAUACUCAAACAUCAUCAAAACACUUGUCUCAGGUUAUAUCAUUACGAGGAAGAGAAACUUUCAGUUACGUGUUAUGUGUGAAAUGAAUGGGAACACAGUCGUGGAGACAGCGUUACUUGCCAAAGAUGCGGUUGACAUUAUUGAGAGACAAUAUGGCCAUUACAAUGUGACUCUUUUAUUCUAUGAAUCACCAUCUUUCACCUCUCCAGUCUAUGAUUCUCCAUAUUUUGUUGCACUUAAUCAGAAUUUAUAUGCCAAAGCUACUCUCCACAGUUCGGACUCAAAUCUGGUACUGUUUAUGGACACUUGUGUAGCAUCUCCAUAUGCUGAUAACUUCAUUGAUUUGACCUAUGAAUUAAUCAGAAAUGGAUGUAUACAAGACUCUACCUACCAAAAUCUAUAUUCACCAAGGAAAAAUGAAACUCGCUUCCAGUUUAGCGCUUUUAAGUUUCUUGACCAACACAAUGAAGUUUAUCUGCAGUGCAAGCUAGUAGUGUGCCAGGCAGAUGACUCCUCUUCCCGAUGCUACCAGGGAUGUUUAGCUAGAAGAAAGAGGGAUGUGCAUGAAACUCAGGAGAAGGUGGAGGUUGUUGCCGGACCAAUCAAGUGCAAGGAAGAAAAGGAAAACUGAAAACAGGACCUGGUUAAGACUGUACAGCCAGAGAAAAGUGAUCCACUCAUCCCACUUACUGUUGCUACUGUGCUGCUAGCUGGCAUGGUAUUUGUUCUGUUUGUCUUUCCUCUAAGCAUCAAAUUCAGAAGAAACCAUCAUCUAUUGAUACCAGUACAAUGGUAAUAAAAACAGGCCACAGAAUUCCAUAAAGCACUUUCUGCACAACAUUUUAAAAAAUACACCUGUAACAUGUGUUUCUGAAUGGGAUUGGUUUCUUUUAAGAUUGCACUGUAGAAUAAGUUACAUCAAUGGCUGAGCAUGUUCAUUAAGUAAGUCACAGCAGAAGCCAUAACUCAGUUAAAAGUCUAGAAUAAAGAUUUACUCUUUGAUUAUAUCAGGGCUGGAGUUGUUCUUGGGCUGCAAAUCCCAUUAUCCCUCACUGCAGGGUCUGAUAUCUAGGACCAGCAGUGGCAGCAGCCCAUUCUGAAAGCCACCAGGUUUACUCCCGCUCCUCCACCCCACCAACUUCUUAUAUCUAAUGACCUUUCUGUAGUGGCUGUCACUGCCUUUGUAAGAUUUGGUUCCUGUUUUGUCUUUGUUGAGUAUGUCUCUUGAAUAAAGUCUUCUACUCAAUGCAUA